UGUGAUCUUAAUUGCCCAGGGAGUAGAUUUCGAAAUCCAAUCGUUUGCUCAGCUCAUCCGGAUUUAAGACUUCAAGGAGAGGACCCUGGUGAAGAUGAAUGAUGAGAGAAGAUGAUCAUGGAUUCAAGAAAAAGAGAUUACCAGUCAGUAAAAGCAGAAGGAAACAGCAAGCUCAGCACUGAAGUAGCAGCAUCCGGUUCAAGACACUGGUCAGCAUUCAAGAAUCCAAGAAUUGUGUGUGUUUCAAGGGCUUUUGGAGGAAAAGACAGGCACAGCAAAGUCUGCACCAUAAAGGGUUUGAGAGACCGGCGAAUUAGGCUUUCGGUUCCCACUGCACUUCAGUUGUAUGAUCUUCAAGACAGGCUUGGCCUUGGGCAGCCUAGCAAGGUUGUAGAUUGGUUAAUGGAUGCCACCAAAGACGAAAUCGAUAAGCUUCCUCCACUCCCAGUAAUUAGCCCAGGAAAUUUCAGCCAAGAUCUCUAUCAUCCAGCUCUAAUUUCUCAAGAGCCGAAUGCCCCUCAGCCGGCUUUAACCCCCUUCUUUAAUCCCAUUAAUUCAGCAUAUUCCAAAGAUGGAGGAUCUCAAUCCUUUCCACCUGCUAAGGAAUUAGGGUUCAAGAUCAAUCACAGUACCGGUCAUUAUCAAAUGAUGGGAAAUUCAUCAAAAGCCUGGGAACCAGCAGAUGCCACUGUGGAAGGAAAGCUUAAGGAAGUCGAAGGGGAUAGUACUAAGUUUCCACAAGUUUCAGCCCAAAACUUCUUCCCAAUUGCCAGCCAUUCUUCUCUUCCGAACUUCCUACACAAUGCCAUGCCAUACAGCUCCUACUAUCAGUGGGAGCCUAAUUCCAAUUUAUCUUUGUCUCAAUUUGGAGGCCAAGCAGAUCACAGUAGUGCCACUGAUCAUUCAGUUUCACUUCCAUCUUCAAUCCCUCGCUCAAGUACUCAACUAUUCAUCUCUCCACCUGCAGCAACACCUUCAUUUUUCCCUUCAUUCUCUCCAUAUAAUAAUAUCACUACUGCAUCAGAGUAUGACACAAGGCAAAUCAACCAAUUUUUCCCAAGUCCAUUCAUGCCAUCUCUUCAUUCUACUAGCGCGCCGGCCAAUGCUACUUCGACAGUUCUUCAUCUUCAUCCACACAACCAUGGAACGCAACCAAGCAAAGGUUCAAGCACAGGUUCUUGAAGCUCAUCUUUAAUUAAAGUUGCCAAACUUAAUCAAUUCAGAUCCAACCGAAAGCUAGCUACCUCUAGUACUAGUACUAUUAUAUAUAUAUAUAUAUAGACUAAAUGUUCAUGGGCAUUACUAGUUAUAUAUCUAUCUCAAUGCCUCCAUUGAUCAGUAAGAGAAGUAGUGAAGUUAGCUU